AUCUGAAAGAUCAGCCUAGGACCUAAGGGCAGGCACAUCAGUUGGAGCUCAAUUGUUGAUCAGAUCACAUCUAAGGGAUUUAGGAGCGCAGGAGCGCCGAGAUUUGAGGACGGGCACCCCCACCCCCGGCAGCCGUCCGCCCUCCUCCUCCUCGUCCUCCGCCUCCCGCGGCACACCUCUGGCAGAGGCAGAGGCAGCUGCAGAGUGCGGCGCGGAGCGGAGCGCGGACGACCAGAGCGAGCCUUGCCCGGCUGCGGCGCGCCAGAGGGGGAGCGGCAGAGCCCGAGCCCGGGGCCUCCCGCCCGGCCCGCGUCCCCGCCUCCCGCCCGCUCGCCGCUGCGACCCUGCGGCCGCCGGCCCGGAGAUGUCCUUCCCCCAGCUGGGCUACCCGCAGUACCUCAGCGCCAGCCAGGCGGUCUACGGCAGCGACCGGCCCGGGGUGCUGGCCGCCGCCGCCGCCGCUGCAGCCGCCGCCGCCGCCGCCUCCGGCCGGCCCGGGGGCGCCGAGCUGGGGAGCGGCUCGGCCGCUGUCACCUCCGUGCUGGGCAUGUACGCCAGCCCCUACAGCGCCCCCAACUACAGCGCCUUCCUGCCCUACACCGCGGAUCUCAGCCUCUUCUCGCAGAUGGGCUCCCAGUACGAGCUGAAGGAUAACCCGGGGGUCCACCCUGCCACCUUCGCUGCCCACAAUGCCCACGGCUACUACCCCUACGGGCAGUUCCAGUACGGGGACCCGGGGCGGCCCAAGAACGCCACCCGCGAGAGCACCAGCACGCUCAAGGCCUGGCUCAACGAGCACCGCAAGAACCCCUACCCCACCAAGGGCGAGAAGAUCAUGCUGGCCAUCAUCACCAAGAUGACCCUCACGCAGGUCUCCACCUGGUUCGCCAACGCCCGGCGCCGGCUCAAGAAGGAGAACAAGGUGACCUGGGGCUCGCGGAGCAAGGACCAGGAGGACCCCGCGCUCUUCGGCAGCGACACGGAGGGCGACCCCGAGAAGACGGAGGACGACGAGGAGAUCGACCUGGAGAGCAUCGACAUCGACAAGAUCGACGAGAACGACGGCGAGCAGAGCAACGAGGACGACGAGGACAAGGCGGAGCUGCUGCGGCCGGCCGGGCACGCCGACCCGCUGGGCAAGGACAAGGAGCCCGACGGGCUCAAGCCCCGCGACGCCCUCGGCCUGGCCAAGGAGCCGGCGGACAGCAGCACCCGCCUGGCCAGCCCCGGCGCGCCCAGCAGCCUGCAGGGCCCGGCGCACAGCAAGCCCAAGAUCUGGUCCCUGGCCGAGACGGCCACCAGCCCCGACGGCGCGCUCAAGUCCUCGCCGCCGCCCGCCGCCGCCGCGCCGGUGGCCCCCGCGGCCCCGCAGCUGCAGCACCCCGCCUUCCUCCCCAGCCACGGACUCUACACCUGCCAGAUCGGCAAGUUCCACAACUGGACAAACGGGGCUUUCCUUACGCAGAGCUCCCUCUUGAACGUACGCUCCCUCUUGGGGGUAAACCACCACCACGCGGCCCAUCACAACCACCACCUCCAGGCCCAGCAGCAGCAGCAGCAGCAGCCGGCCGUGCUGGCGGCCACCCUGGGGGCCCUGAGCGGCGACAAGGCUUCAGAGCGGACCAGCCCCAAGCACAUAGGAACAUUACUUAUGCGGAACAGAGUGUUUGAAUAAAGACAGAUUAUAACACCUCAUCAUCACCAUAAUCAUCCAUAUUAAAAAAAAAAAAGGAGAGCAAUAAUGAAGCAUUUCCUGCUGUGAGCCUUUCAGAGUUAGAAUAAAUUACAGCUGCCCAUUGCCAGGCCGUAAGUUUCUGAAACUUAACAAACCUCAAAUAUCCUGUGGCAUUUAUGUUCUGGAUUGAACACUGCUCGAGUUAGCUUACCCCAGGAUCUUUUACAGCAGCGGGCAGGCGGUACUUCCACCAAGUCUUCUACUCAUAGAUUAUUACAUCUUUUUCUUCCUGCAGCUCUUUGGCUCAGCAAGAGGGAACACCGCGAAUUUUAACAGCUCUCCCUUCUGCUUGAUUUAAAUGGUUCCGUGAAAAAAAAAAAUUACAGAGACUGGUAUAAAGGACACACACACACACACACACACACACACAAAAAGGAAACGAUAUAAACGACUCCCAUCAAUCUCUUUUUGCAAUAAGAUGGUGCAAACCCAUAAAAGCGAUUACACAAAUCUGUAGAUGGAGUCCCCUCUUCCUUGUACCAUUUCAGAGCGUGUUAUUCUAACCAUUCUUGGAUUAUUUGUUUGGUAAAUGUUUCCCAUGUGUUUGUGGGGGGUUUUUUUGGGUUUUUUUUUUUCUUUCUGUAUAUAGAGUGAUUUCAGAUUGUAAAUAGCGCGUCAGCAAAACUUGUCUAAAUCAUAUAUUUUUGUCUAAUAAACUAAAUGAAAUUAUGAA